AUGUCGAAUUUCUCUAAAAAUAUCAUUAAAACAGCGGAAGUUUGUGCAAUUUUCGCAGCAAAAUUGCAGAUUUUCAUAAGUUAUUUCGGAGUUUUUCUAAAUAUUUUACAUUUUAUCAUAUUAUGCAAUAAGAAACUGAGAUAUCAAUCUGUAAAUGUACUGUUGAUUGGAAUUGCUAUUAGUGAUUUUUUGUUCCUAAUUUUCUAUUUUGAUGGGGGUACACGGGACUUUUUACAAGCCGGGGUGCCUUAUGAGUGCCGCCCACCAAAAUCACUACUUCUAGUCUACUGGACUCAAAUCCUUCAAGCCUUCAGAGACAUUUUCCAGAGAGUUUCAGCAUAUCUUGGGAUGUUUCUUGCCCUCUUACGGUAUCUGGUGAUGAAGUACGGUACCAUUAGGAAGACAUUUCUAAGCCUAAUAGAUUGUUGGAAAUUAUUUGUUUUGCUAAUAUUGAUUAGCUCCCUGAUUACUUGCUUUUUAAAUUUAAAAUUAUCAAUUGUGCCCAGCACAAAAUGGCGGCCGCCGAGCAGCUGCACCAUGUACCCCGCCAAUUCAACUUUUCCCGGUUAUGGAACUAUUCAAACUGACUUCUACAAGCUUUUACCUCCGAUUUCCUACAUUUAUUUUAAUGACAAUAACCUAUUUUUUGGCAGAAACUCCAUGGGCUAUUGUUAA